AUGGCCACCAUCAACAACAACAUUGCCACUGAUCCUGCGCACAAAACUAUCGACCCUCGCUCCUUCGACGAUCUUCUGGCAGUCGUCGCCUCCAUAAAAUCUCAGCUUGGAGAUAAGGCACACGCUGAAAUUGGUAUCAUUUGUGGAUCUGGACUUGGACCGAUUGGUGAUAAAGUUGAGAAUCCUACUGUUUUACCCUAUGAAAAAAUCCCAGGAUUCCCAUCUGUUCAUGGUGAGUGCUGUUUGUAUUGCUGUGCUACUAACCAGGUGCUAAGUUUUAUGAGCAAAAAACUUUGGUAUCAUGAAAAAGUAAGCAUCGUUUCUUUUGCAGUAUCUUGAAC